UGUUUUUUGACAGGCAACGGUCCACCAAACUACCUUGAGGUAGCACUUUGCUUACCUUGGUCAUACCGUCCCAUUCCUCGUAAGGAGCAGGGGAUUUCAGGCUUCUAGAUCUGGCUCAGAAGCGCAGCUAUUCCCCCGGACAGCUUCGACGUUGAAGCUACCUUAGGCUACCUUAGCAAAGUCGCAAACUAAUACUGACAUCGCCACUUCAGCUACGGAUGCCGAAGAAGCUUAUUCUCAUGGUGAGUGAGCCACCGCCUCUCCACGGGGCGCCUGCCAACUCCCACCCUGGCUCUUCUUGGCUGGCUGACAGGCAUCUCGGAUCCUAUGUACAUAGAUAUCGAUGGAUCAUACUGUGGGUGUUCGUCAGGGUGUAUCUCCCGCUGUUGGAGCGGUGAGGAUGAACUUCGGUCUAGGCUCUGCACAUCACGUCGAUAUUCUUCAGCAUUCGCUCCUUUGGCCUGUCUCUCUAGGUAUUGCGUACCCUCCCACCGGGGGACCGGUUCCGUCCACACCUCUCUUCUCGCUGGCUCCCCUUACACCUGCCCACCCGAUUCAUUUAGCCGGGAUUCUGUCGUCCACAUUUCUCUUGGGGGGCCGCGGCAUCAUCCAAUGGUCGUCCUCUGGACGCAGCCCAUCACACCCCAGCUUCUCCUUAAUCAAUGUGCCGAGUGGCCAACUGAAGGGACGUCGGCCUACUUGGGAAUUGGCGUUAUCGCUGGUCCUAUUUUUUGCUCUUUUUUCUUCUUCCUGUGAGGACCCGUUGCCAAUCACUCGAGUCUCCCUGGCUCUGCCUAAAUAUCCGGCAUUCUCUCCACGACGCCGUCUGCCUCUUGACUCUGCUUUCCCUUGCUUUACCCGUCCUUCCACACGCCUCCCAGUCACACCCAUCAAGCCGUUCGUUCCGCGCAGUGCCUGACAAGCGUCUUAGCUACCCUACGCUAUUUCUCCAGGGUCUGUGUUGCGUCAUAAAUCAGCUUGAGCCACUCCUCAGCGCGAGAAACCCCUGACCAGGCAAUUCCCAAAAGCACACUCCAAGUAGGUUCCCUAGUUGCUUGACAGAUGUACAUUUUGGUUCCCCUUGCGAGAGGGAAAGACGCCGUUGCCAGCACCUGUGGCCUUUGCAAGGCUGGCCUGCAUGAACUAAUUCAGAAUACAGGUAGAACAACGACGCACAAGUCAGGUCCCCCAGUAGCGGGACACAGCAAGGCCUGCAGACACAUCCCAGAUUUCGUUCGCACGGCCCCGGCGAACAACGUUCGACCAGCUCCCUGGUCCAUCCCCGGAGAAUUGGGAGCCCGUCACACACCACCCAAACAGACCGAGCCAGCGUUGAGGCAUAGCUCCAUUUGAGCAGGGAAGCAGACACACUAAUCAAGCCCCCCUACGGAUACGCUACCUACCGUCAGAAGGACUAGAAGAACCAUCGACUUCUUCCUCGGGACCCCGUUGUCAAAGCCUUCUGCUCCCGCAUUCGUUCCAGGUCAGGACACCCAAGCAGCGCCAGCCUCAAAUUCCGUGCAUUACUGGGUUGCCCUCCCCUGCACAAGUGUACACUACACACACAGACACUCACAUACGCACACUUAUACUUGCACACACACACACACACACACACACACACACACUCACACACUUACACACUAAGCAGACGCUGCAGAACCAUCGGAAUCCACUUGUAGCCCUCGCUCAGCCAGCCUUAUCCAAAUACAGGCGCAGACACUCCCCCGUCAUUGCGCUCGUACGGGUCAGCAAAGACAGCAACUCAUCAACGCGUUUCUAACACGUCCAACUCUCCAUCCAAAAGGUUCGUAAUUUUUCGUCUUUAAUCUCCGUCUUUUCUUUGCUCCCCGUGCUCCCCGCCGCGUGUCGAAUCUUGUUCAGCCUUUACGAAUAGUCGUAUUUCCGAUGGGCUCCGAAAUUGCAUUUCGAGAUGCAUCAUCUGAAGGCGUUGCUGUUCCGGCGCCUGUCCGCAUGGGGCUUACACUACGCCCAAGCGCGUCUUUGUUUCAAUUUCGGUAACGUCCCAUGUUGCAGUCUGCGCAUGAACAUGGCCUGCACGACUCAUCGCAUCCCCCUUGGGCCUCUCUCCUUGUGUGAUUGCCGUCAGGGGAGGGGGGGAGGGUCACCAUUUUAUUGGGGCCCUCUCGGGACCCGGUCGCGUGUUCUUGACGCGGUCGCAUGAAUUUGCUCCGAUCAAAGUUGGGAAAACAAAACACUUAAGAUGCUGACUUGAGUCGAUUUGCAGCAAGCUGGGAUAUCUUUGUUUCACAACGUCGCCAACCUCGGACACACCUGCCCAAGAUCACGGGUUCAAUCUUUGCUCAACCUACGCCCGCACCAGCAACGAACCGAAGCCCACGGAACGCAGCGAUCGCGACAUUUAGAUCAGUCUACCUAAGCACAAAGAAACGUGAGUACGUACGCGGACAACAGGCAUCUCCCAGUCGGUUUCUUGCCAGCAAAGCGCUGGCCAACCUCCCUUUCUUGCCACGGAUAUUCCUGUUUCCUUGCCCACGCGUCCAUCAGCCGUGAUGACUUGAUGGAAAAACCUUGCACCAAGAGGUGCGGGGAUUUCAGCGAAGGUUGGGCAUCAGGAUGGGCCAUCUCUCGGCGAUCUCAUAUCAUGCCAGCCUGGCUGGUAAGGGACAUCGAACAUCCCCGUUGGGAUGAAUUGGAGUCUGUCCUGAUUCCAGGGAGGCCUGGAAGAGCCUGGUUCAAGGUUCAUUAGCUACAGAUGACAGAUGGCUAACCAAGACGCACAGAAACAUCAAUAUCAACUCAUGACUGUCAGAGCCAUGGCGCAGAACAGGCAGCCCGCGGGUGGCUACAAGCAGGAGCCUGAUCACCAUCACCCCCACCAUCAGCCCCAGGGUCACGCACCUACACAGCAGCAGCAGCAACAUCUGCAGCAGCACCAGCAACAUCCUCGACCCUCGAGCGUUGUUCAUCAACAGCAUCAUCCCCAGGCCCAGUCGCAGCAGCAUCCCUCCUACGCCUCCGCCGGACACCCAAUUGCUCCCGCCUACCAGCAACAGCAGAGCCAGCCCUCCAACGCUCAGCAGCAGCACUCCCAGGACGGCCUUCCCUACUACGCCCAUCCGAGUCCCUACAGCACCCCAGGCGCGACAAGCGGAUACACAUCCGCUGACCAAUCCGACAUGAUGGCCGCCGCUCAAAUGCCGAGACCACCUUACCCUCCCAUGUCCUACCACACACCGCAGUCGAACUCGCCCGCGUCGGUAGCCUCGCCUUCCCAACAUGACCAGCACAGAAGCAUCUACGGCCAGCCGCCGUCUCAACCUCUCCAGCAGCACAUGUACUACCAGACGCCGCAAGCCCACUACCCGUCGAUGCAGGCGCAACCCCAACAGUCUCCCUACGCGCAACACCAGGCCCAGACCCACCAGUCCAUGUCUUCGCAGCCCAACAUGAUGAUGUCUGCGCAGUCCCAGCAGCAGCAGCAACACAUGCCUCAGCACCAGGCGCAACAACACCAGGCCCAGAUGACCAACAGCCCCCGCGGCCAGAUGAAGACGGAGCCCCAGGUGCCGCUGCAGCUCCAGAAGCCUCAGACGACUCCCAUGCAACACCAGCAGCACCCCCAGAACGGCGCUGCUCUCAACACCCCCACAGGAUCGACUCCUGGCGGUGUCAACCCCAAUGCGGCGCCUGGACCCAUUCCGGCCACUACGCCUUUGGUUGUCAGACAAGAUCAGAACGGGGUUCAAUGGAUCGCGUUUGAGUACUCUCGCGACCGCGUCAAGAUGGAGUACACCAUCCGCUGCGAUGUUGAGUCGGUCAACACUGAUGAGCUCUCGGCCGAAUUCAAGACGGAGAACUGCGUUUACCCCAGAGCCUGCUGCCCCAAGGACCAGUACCGAGGCAACCGCCAAGUAUACGAGACCGAGUGCAACACGGUCGGAUGGGCUCUUGCUCAGCUGAACCCUCCUCUGCGCGGCAAGAGAGGUCUUAUCCAGCGUGCCGUGGACAGCUGGCGCAACAGCAACCAAGACCCCCGGCUCCGAAGCCGAAGAGUGCGCCGAAUGGCCAAGAUGAACACCCGGAAAUCGGUUCAGGGCGGUCCUCACCCUGCUCACAUGGGCGGCCCCAGUCCGCCAGGGAUGGCUCAAGGUGCGGGUGGCAUGGGCCCCGCGGGUGCAUCAGCCAAGAUGCCUGGAAUGAGCAUGGGUCAUAUGCCGCACACCAACGCUCCGGGUGGAGGGGAUGAAGUCGGCGAUGGCGAAUACAUGGACGAACACCAUCACCACCACCAGGCCCCCGCUGGCCAGGAGGGCGGCGACGUCAGACAGUCGCAGGUCUUUUCCGGAAGCUACGGCGGUCACGGAGGCUACCCGGCACCCAGCUCCGGCUCGAUGCCGCACAUGGGCAGCAGCUCCCAUGCCGGCGCCAUCUCUGCCCGUCGCCACAGCCGCAGCGACAACGGCGAGCCCGAGGAUUUGUUCCCUAACAUCCCCGAGGCCAAGAAGCGCAAGUUCAUUCUCGUCGAGGACAAUGUCCGCGGUUCGCGUCUGCGUGUUAGAGUCACGCUCGACGGUGUCGAUACCAAGGAGAUUCCCGACUCCUUCCGCAAGGGCGCUUCCGUCUUCCCGCGGUCGUACUUCCCGCGCGAGAUGCCGAGCCCGCCGCCGUCUGCCACCGGCACCAAGUUCUUCCAGGAGGAUGCCGAUGAGGAGGACGAUGGCGUCGAGGACACCGAGGGCCGUAGCUCACGCCGAGGCCGUGGAAACAGCAAGUCCAUGGUCAAGGUUCCCAUUGGCGAGAACACCGAAGGCGAGGUUGCCAUUCCCCGCAUGAGGAAGAGUGUCCGAGGCAAGGAGGUCCGACUCAACGACCUCGGAUACCGCAUGGCCUGGCUGCAGAGCAGAGUCUUUGCGGGACGGACAGUCUUCCUCCAGAGAGCUCUGGACUGCUAUCGCAACAAGACCCGUACUGCCAUUGAAUCCAUCAUGCAGGAUGUCAAGACGCUCGUUCCUCACUUUGAGACGCGUGUCGGCAAGCGGAAGUGGAACGAGAGAAUGAGAAAGGGAGAGGCUGAUGAGUAAACGUCUUUCGACGUUGGACUCCAAAUAUGUUUCCUCAUCCUCGCGACUAUACGUUUACUAUUGUGGGUCUCUCACUACGCACAUAACCGCAUUCCCAUCUUCGCCACGGUCCUCCUCAUUCAGCAGCAUCAUCAUCAAAGCGAAAGUCACCAUGCCCGCCCGUCAAAACGUUUUCAGUGCUUUUCAAUCUCGUUUCCGCGCAUUGUUAAUACCGACGUCUCACGACCACGCACACACACAUCGCACACCGCACACAGCUAUACGCAAGCAAAAAAGGGUGCCCAUUUUGUAUCAUAACGUGCCCGACACUACGACAAGUUUAUAAAAAAGAGAGGCUGGGACCGGGAAAUGAAGUAAAAAGUAACACCCUACUUGCAAAAGAGGGCCAGAUGGAUUUCCUAGGUUGACGACUUGACGAUGACAAAAAACAAAACUUUUCUUUUUCUCUACGAUGGAUGACCGAUUUUCUUUUACAUUUCCCUGAGGGGGUGGGCGGACGCUGUUUUGGUCAGAAAAAGAAGCAUUUUGUCACGCAAAAAAUUUCCGUUCCUUGACACAGCAAAGAGUAUACGGGCUUUGCUACGACGCCUUGGACCCCUACGACAAGACAUGAGGAGGCUUUCUACUCUUUUUUUUUCCCCCUUCGCGCGGCAUUAGUCUGUUGAUUUUUGUCAGUCUGUUCUUCCAUUUCUGAGUAUGAAAGGCGGAUGGAGUGGGAUGGAGUCUGCGACGCUUUUUCGACUGCCUCUCUCCUACUUCUCGGUACAUUUUUUUCUCUUCCUAGGGUAGAAGGGGGUUUUCACUUGCCGAUUUCUUCCUUUUCCACGGUUCGAUUUUUUUUCUCGUCUUGUUUGUUCUUUUCCCGAUUCUGAGAGGCGUCGGAGAGCGUACUUGCUGGUAAGGAUAUGCUUGUUUCCCGGCGGGCAUUUUUGGGAAGUGCGGAUGGCACAAGGUCGGAUGAUGAAGAAAUUUUUCGUGGAUGGUGUGGGUUUUUUUGGUGUGUUUUAUCUUGAAGGCAAUGGGAAUGAAAGGGAAUUAUAGAAUUUUGGUAGUUAAGAAUCACUUCUUUCGGUUUACCGUCUGUCUACCGUCUACUGUGAGUGACAUUGGUAUGAGAGAUGUCAAACCGACUAUCGGGUACUCUCUCUCAUUUUCCUACGUCUACGCAUCCUUGGCCCCCCUCGUUCUCCUUUCCCAAAGCCUCGUCCCUAGGCGGCGCCCUCUCCCCCCUCUGGAAAACGAACAGCGCCUCGUCCUUGCCCGCGAAACUCGGCAGCGGAAUCUGCACGACCCUGACCCACUCGGGCUGUUCUUUGGCCAUGUACUCCGCCAUCGUCAUCCCCCGGAAGCCGGUAUACCCGUUCCCGUUCUGCGUGCCCACGACGGCGAUGGUGUCGCCCUCGUAGGCGUCCACCAGCCCGCGCGUGAAGCUCCCCUCCGUGCCGCCUGCCACGGAGCCGCCUACGACGGGGUAGACUAGCAGCAUCACCAUAUCUUUGCCUCCGGCGUGGGAUUUGAGGAACGAGACGCCGUCGGAGGGGAUGGUGUCGGGGACCCAGUUUGUGCGCCACUCUGAUUGGAGGUUGUCUACGGGGUAGACUGUGAGGUUGUAGAGGCGGAGCAUGUGUGUCCAGUAGCCGUUUCCGGAACCGAUGUCUGCUAUGUGUGUGUCCAGUAGCCGUUUCCGGAACCGAUGUCUGCUAUGGGUCGGGGCCCGGCGAGGAGGCGGAGGAUGGAGAGGGCUUCGUGGGAGGGGGUGGCGCAGCCGAAGUGGUGCAUCAGGAUGGGGAGGACGUGGUGGGAUUGUAGAGGUUGGGAGGGGAGGGGGCCGAGGUAUUGGAGGGAGAGGGCGGACCAGGACCAGAAGUCUAGGGAGGGGUUUGGCGGGAGGGAGGUUUGGGGGUUUUUGCAUUUUGGGAUGGCGGCGAGGUGCGGGAGGGACGGGUGGAUGUAGCGGUGGGCGAGGAGGUGGGCGGCGGAGAGGGCGCGGAGGGAGGAUUUUUUGGCGUUGGCGAGGUGAGAUUUUAGGGCUUGCGGGGUGGAGGUUUUUGGGGAGAAGAUUUGGAUGUAGGAUUGGAUGUCUGCUUGGGGUGGGGGGUCGAGCUGGUGGUGUUAGUCUUGAACGUAGUUGAGUGAGGU